UAUGCUGUGAUUAUCUGCAGGUUUGAUGUUCCAUGGCUUUUUUGAGAGAAAGACGGCUUUUCGAGCUACUAGAAGAACAGCAGGAGCCAUUUCUCUCCGAAAAUGGUCACUCAGAUAAGAUCUUCCGUUCUCAUUCUUUAACAUUGUGCUUUCCUUGUUACAAAUGUAGGAGACUUUUUAGAAUUAGCACCAUCAAAUGUUUGUUCACAAAACUUUUUCAUCGAAAGUUCAUCCGAAAAUCGUGUUCUUCGGGAACAAAAUUAGACAUUGUUUAUGUGCUUGAGUGCUCACCAGUUGACAACCAGAUCAAAGAUAAGAGUUUAUUAUCAUCAAUUCACAAAUCGGUGUAUAACGAAAACAAGAUCGAAUUGGAGAAGAACAGAGAGCUUAUUAUUGAUAAGAUUGUGAUUGAGAUUGAAGCUGCAAUCUUUGAUGAAAUGCUAGCAGAAAUAGUUCUCCAAAUGCUUGAGUUGUUUCACUCAUGUUAAAUGUCUUCAAAAUUUUAAGGUAAUAAACAUUCAUUAUUUAUUUUUGGACUCAUAUAAUGUAUUUUUCCUUCAUGUUAAAUGUCACAUUG